UGUACGUCUGACGUGUGUUUACAAAACAAAAGCGCUCCAUCGCGAGAAAAAUAAUGUGCAUCGACAUUUCCUACGUAAGGUAAACAUGUUAUAUAAACUCCCUAUGGACGCUUAAAUUACGUUCGGUUUUCGUAAUUAUAUUGUUAAAUCGCUAUUGUAUUAUAACCUGUUUCAAUCAGUGUGAAGUGGCGCAGCUCAGCGCUGUUUAGAAACAGAAGAGCUGAAUGUGUUUUGAUCGCUGUCUGUUUGACACAGCUGAACUCAGAUCAACAGUUCAUUCGAAAGUCUUUGUUUUAAUAGCUGUAGAAGCUUAUAAUAGACCAUCAUGAACUGUCGAUCAGAAGUCCUGGAGGUGUCAGUGGAGGGCAGGCAGGUGGAUGAGGCCAUGCUGGCCCUCCUGCAUACGAUCCUCCUGCACCGCAGCACAGGUAAAUUUCACUAUAAGAAAGAGGGCACGUACUCCAUCGGUACGGUGGGAACUCAAGAUGUGGACUGCGACUUCAUCGACUUUACAUUCGUGCGAGUGUCUUCUGAUGAGCUGGACAGGGUUAUCAGGAAAGCGGUAGCCGAAUUUAAGGAUGCUCUUGGUAAUUCUGGGAGUGAUGGUAUGGGUCAGAUCUCUUUGGAGUUCUACCAGAAGAAGAAGUCACGCUGGCCCUUUUCAGACGAAUGCAUCCCGUGGGAGGUCUGGAGCAUCAAGGUGAACGUGGUGAACCUGGCCAACGAACAGGAGCGCCAGAUCUGCAGGGAGAAGGUUGGCGAGAAGCUUGGCGAGAAAGUCAUCAACAUCGUGGAGGUCAUAAACCGUCAUGAGUAUCUUCCCAAGAUGCCCACACAGUCGGAGGUGGACAAUGUGUUCGAUACGAGUUUGAAAGACGUCCAGCCGUAUCUGUACAAGAUCACGUACCAGAUCACUGACUCUCUGGGCACAUCAGUGAGCACUACCAUGAGGAGGCUGAUCAAAGACACGCUGGCAUUGUAAAGGACAGUGAAACAACCAGAUGCUUCUUGGACAUUAAUCAUGAUCUUGUAAAAAUAGCAAAUCACAUUACAUUGUUCCUGGAUGAGAUUUAAAAUAAAGUCACUACACUUUCCUUGUAUAAUAAUGGUAUCAACUACCUUUACAUAAUUUAAGCAAUAUUAUUCAGUUACUUUUGUUGCUGGUUGUUUUUUUUUUGUUUUGUUUUUUUAAAUAAAAUGUGAUUAAGUUCC